AACCGGUGGAGCAACGACCCAAUGACGUACCCGCGCCUUCCAUUCAGCCACGGUCCGCGCGCAUACUAGACCUAUAGGUCUGCAUUUUGACUGUUGACAUAGAAACGUCCAGCGCGUUGUUUGUAACCGUCUACAUCUGCAAGGAGCUAACUCAACGGUGAUCGCCUGUGUGGACCCCGUAAUUUCUGUGAUUGACAUCUGAAGCGCUGUGGAUCCCGUGAAACUUGUACCUCGCGCCAAGUGUUCGAAGAGCAAGGCACGCCAGAUCUCAGCCUCCACCUAACGACUCAACAGCCAACACACGAUAACACGACAGGACGACACGUACGACGACCGCAACGCCUUUUGUGCUCCGCAAACGGCACGUAGCACGAUACGCCAGACUUCGAAAUGCAUGCAUGAGCAACUACCAUGUCCUCCCCACUAGCUCCCUCGAGAACUCCAGAACACGCGCCGCCCCCACUGAACAAUGGACGCCGCUCCUUCACAGUGCCUGCUCGACUGAGGAGUAGUCCGGCAUCGGCUUCAGCUUCAACAAACAGUGCAGAUGGCAUAGAAACGCUGGUCGUCUGCCCGCACUCAAAGAUCGUUUCCUUUACAGCUACAGGCGCCUCAGCUGCCGGUGGUGAAGCCCACAUUGCUUGGAGAACGCCCACUGAGCGCACCCUUGCCGUUGGGGUCCUGCGCAUAUACCGCGUGACAGCAUCCAAUGUGUCUUUCCUUAACUCCGGCAACCUCCUGCACACCAUCUUUCCUCGAUCACAAUGCUGGUGUGUAGACGGACAGUCAGUUUUCGUACUCAGGAUAAGGCAAGACUCGUACUAUCGCAUGGAACUGCCGUUCGAGACGAAUGAAGACAAGGCCAAGAUCGAACAGUUCAAGUCAGUGCUAGGCCAGGUCCUGCAGUACGAAAAGACGCAAUGUCCAUUCACGCGAAGCUUCGAAGUUGAGCUACCUGAACGCCCGAAAACGCCACCGCGUAAACGUCCUACAAGGAGAUCAACACAGAAAGCAAAGAAGUGGACCUUUGACAAGACAUGGAUGCCAGAGGACGGGCUGCGACCUUCUACACCUGUGCUAGAAGGCUCUGAUUCGGCUAAUACAUCUUCGUACGAAGAGGACGACCGGUCCAGCAUUCACACUGACACCAGCGACGUACCAGUUCCUGAAACACCAGGGACCGUCUUCGACAAUACACCGCCCCCUAAAGUAGUACGAAGGCUGUCAGUAGCAGAACGUGCGCAACUUUUCCAAAGCCCACGAUCAAUCACAGCGCCGAUAAGUACAGCAAGACACAGAUCGGUGUCGUCAGCAUCGUCAAUGGGCUGCAUCCCUGAGAUGUCGAAAGAAGAAGAGAAGGAGAAGGAGAGGGAUGUUAAGCCAGCAAUUUUGGAACGUAAAACGUCCACGGACGUUGCUAGCCUCUUGUCGAGCGCAGACUCCUUCUACUCACUGAACACGGCUCGCCGCAGCCCCUCCCCACCUUUCCUGGAUGCUGAAGCCGAGAUUCUCAAUCCAUGGGCGGACACUCCACCAAGGCAAGACGCUACAAGGGGACGGACGAGACAUCGUCGUGACAUGUCAGAACUCACAGUGCGAGCUACAUCCGCAGAUCAUGUUGAUAAGUCUGCUGCUGUGACACCCGUUUUACCCCUCCUUCCGAUUACAACACCAUCGAUCGACGUACGCCCCUCAUCUGCACCUCACACCCCUCCACUUGUGAGCGAUUCCGACGAAGAUAGUCUUGGGCUCCCCUCACUGGAUGUACCCACACCGCCGGACAUGAUUCGUAUGAGGAAGCUCACAGGCGCCUCGCCGCGACGAGCAUUUUCUCCAAUGCCACAGCCGCAGAACUUGUGCUUCCCCACCAGGCACAAGCCUGCUCAAAAAUUUACGACCGCUCUAGUCCGCAAGACUUGCGAGAUUGUUCUUGGGCCACCACAACAUCUUGUAUCGCUCAUGUUGCGCAUAGCAGCAAGCAUAUCUAAUGGCUUCGGCUUUUCUACUUACCGUGUUCGACGUACUGAGAACAUACCUGGCUCGUGGGAGUCCAGUGGCGAGGAGGACGAAUGGGAGGAAGACGAUUUUGGCAUUCCUCUCAGCAACUUGGGGGAGCCGGCGACACGCAGGACAGGGUACCCUGGUGAGCUGGACUGAUCUUUACGCAUGACUACUUGCAUACUCUACGGACGAUACCAGGCGUUUUGCAUCUUUUCUAUCAGCAUUUACAUGGUUCGGCGAUAUGACCCAGUUAUGGUUCGACUGCAUAUGUAUGAUUUGGACGGUUACGGAAAGCUACAUGAUUGUAAUAUCACGAUAUACGUGAAAGAUAGUUGGAUUUCUGGCUUAGUAUGAAGUAAGACUGAUUGCGACC